AUGCAAAUAUUUCGGAUCUCUCCCGCUACCUUUCUUCUAAUUCUAGGCAGUGCUCUAGGUCACAUACCUCUUCACUUUGCACGACAAUCACAGAACGCUACGCAGCCAUACCAGCUGCAAACGCCGCCUCUGGACACUGUGUAUACUUCGCAGGUCGGACUAACUCCAUGGCCACAGCACCCCCGGCCUAAACUGAGACGCAAGGAAUGGAAGAGCUUGAAUGGUAUCUGGCAGUGGACGAAUGCGACCAGCCUAGAGGAUGUUAACAAUCCCCCUUUCGGACAAAGUCUGGCUCGGGAGGUGCUUGUGCCAUUCUGCCUCGAGUCUGCACUUAGCGGUAUCCAGGGAGAGCGACUUCUGUACUCCUGGUACCGAACAACAUUUGACGUGCCAGCGUACUGGUCCGGAGAUCGUGUUCUUCUCAACUUUGAUGCUGUUGACUAUGAAGCAACUGUCUUUGUGAAUGGUCAGAACGUGACAUUCAACAGAGGAGGUUACUUUGCAUUCUCCGUGGACAUUACAGAUCAUCUUGAAGCAGGAGACGCAAAUGAGCUGGUCGUAUUUGUACACGACCCUACGGAUAGCGAUGCCAAUGUCAUUCCCAUUGGUAAACAGACUCUCGAACCAUCGCAUAUUUUCUAUACGUCCUGCAGCGGUAUCUGGCAGACUGUAUGGCUCGAGUCUGUACCGUUCGAUCACGUCAGCUCUCUCGAUAUUGACGGAGACGCCUACGGCAACCUCACCAUCAAGGCAAUGACAUCAGGCAAUGUCACAUCCGCUGUCAGUGUCACAGUCUAUGAGAAGAACACCACGAUCGUAGUGGCAACUGGCACCGGUCAAUCAAAUUCGGCAUUCGGUCUGAUGGUGGAGAAUGCGCGGCUAUGGUCGCCUGAGACUCCGACGCUGUACGAUGUCUCCAUCAAGUCUGCGAACGACACGAUCCAGAGCUACACUGGGUUUCGAACAAUCUCAAGAGGGAGCGUCAAUGGUGUCCAACGUGUACUUCUAAACGGAGCCUCUUACUUUCCAUUUGGAACUCUUGACCAAGGGUACUGGCCAGACGGUAUCUACACGCCGCCGACCUAUGAAGCUAUGGUUUACGAUCUGGAGGUGCUCAAGACUAUCGGCUUCGACAUGCUCAGGAAACACAUCAAGGUUGAACCACCGCUUUUUUACGAAGCCGCUGAUCGUUUGGGACUUCUUGUUAUGCAAGAUAUGCCCUCACUACGUCCAAGCCAGACACGCACACUCCAGAACUGUACGAGAGAGACGAUCCUGCCCGACGACGCUCAGCAAGCUGAGUUCCAACGGCAGCUCGAAAUCCUCGUCACUCAAUUCCGGUCCUACACGUCUAUAUUCUCAUGGGUCAUAUACAAUGAGGGAUGGGGACAGCUGACUACUCAGCCAUACCCGGAGUUUCAGCUCACUGACUUCGUCAAGAGCCUGGAUCCAACACGUCUCGUCAAUUCCAAUACAGGUUGGUACGACCACGGAGCUGGAGACUUUAGCGACAAUCACCAUUAUGCGAACCCACAGUGCGGCACACCCUGGUACUCUAUCGCUAGCUCUCCUUUCGACCCUAGCCGUAUCGGUUUUCAGGGAGAGUUUGGUGGUACAGGACAUAAUGUCUCCGCCAAGAAUCUGUGGAAAGUGGAAGAGGCUCUUGAUACCAUCAACCAGACGUACGAAAUUGAUCAAACGCUAGACAUCUGGAAUCGUCGUGGACACUUUCUGCUCAGCGAGCUGUUAUCGCAAGUUGAGAUGUACUCUUGUGCCGGAGGAGUCUGGACGCAAACGACUGACGUCGAAGGCGAAGUCAACGGAAUGCUGACGUACGAUCGACGGAUCAUCAGGCCCCAUGUUCCUCAAUGGCGUACAGACAUUCAAGCUUUGUAUGCUGCGAGUGCUGCGCGAAGCAACGAGACAGCCCCGGUGUUCGAACCUGCGGCAGUGUGAACGUCUCCUGCUGUCACGCGCGACCACUACUUGUGGACGACUGCGGGACCAGUGCAGACGAGGGUGGAGGUACUCCUGCCGUUGAGGUAAGGAGGUAGACUAGGUUCGCGGGCAGACGUGGAAGAAAAAAAGAGCGGCUGGUUCCUUCUUUCUGCGUCCUAAGACAAUGCUCGCAAAGAAAAAAAAAGUAUCCCUGCUGCGAAAAAGUCUUCGUAGAUGGUGAUGAUAAACAGGUGAUUAUUCUCAGGCCAUCG